AUGGAAAAGCAUGGGGAACGUUGCACGUUCUCCAGCGCUCCAUUGCGAUAUGUUUUGGCCUUGUGCUAUCUUCGUAACUAUUAUCUAGCAGCACAAUUUACGUUCAUUACGUCCACACUGCAAUGUGGGAGAUGCGACAACAAAUCCCGCCCCCAAACGUGCAAAUAUGAUCUUUUCCCAAUGAACCCAGCCGAUUUGAACCGGGUGAACGUAGAAGCACCCGUUAUGAGCAAACGUCUUGAUUCUGAGCAUUGUGUCGAGCAUCUUCUUCCUACUAACCACGCUUCAGGUUAUCGUCAAUCAAUUCGUCGGAGGUAUCUUGCAGGCACGGUCUCGAAGAAUGUGAGGGGAACACAAUAUUUCUUUGCGCCGCUAAUAUCCAGCAUUCCCCCCGCUCCCGGAAACCUUCUGACCUCAGCUCCUGGGCUUCGCCUACUGUAUACUACGUUCGCGCAAUCAGAUCCCGUAACGGAACCUCAGCAGGAUUGUGCAUCCCAAUACAAUGUCGAUUUCGAAACUCUUGACGCCUGUGUCAAUCGCAAAAUGGAUGAAAGCAACUAA